CUGACUGCAAAUGGGACAGGUCACGCCAGGGGGUCCUAACCUGGCAGAGACAGAGGGAGAGAGAGAGAGAGAGAGACGCACUAAUUCACCAACAGCCCUUCCUGUCCCAGCGACGCACCUCGACAACACCUUCAGCAGCAGCAGGGGGUGUACCCAGUGCCCAGGCUGUGAGACCCGCUAGGCCGCAGCCUCAGCCUAGACUCAGGAUUAAAGGUCGUGCUGCGCUCUCUCCCCUCUCCCUCAAACCAGAGGCUAUCCCAUUAAGGAAUGGACGAGGAGUGCAACUUCCAAUAUUCCAGCAUGCUGCUCCAGGGCUUCCCAGAAGAAGAAAUCCAGGAAACUAGGUUGGACGACAGGGAAGAUUCACAUCAAACUGGCCUCAGUUUGGACAUGAACUUAAUGGAGGGACUGCGCCAUGACCUCAGUGCCAAGGCCGCAGAGUGUGCUGCUUGUGGAGAGCCAAUCUACGACCGCUACGUGCUGUUUGCAGUCGACAGGCCGUGGCACGCUCGCUGUCUGAAAUGUUGUGUGUGUGACCUUGCCUUGGGCUCGGAGCUGACCUGUUUCUCAAAAGACGGUGACAUUUACUGCAGGGACGAUUACUACAGGAGGUUUUGCGUGAAGCAGUGCUCCCGCUGCCACCUGGGAAUCCCGGCCUCGGAGAUGGUGAUGUGGGCCAAGGACGAGGUCUACCACGUCAGCUGCUUCACCUGCGCCGUCUGCGGCGAGGCCCUGGUGACGGGCGACCUGUUUGGUACCCGACAGGGCCUGGUUUACUGCCAGGUGCACUUUGAGCUGCUGUGCCGGCAGGAGGAUGAGGCCAGGCUGAUGGGAGGCCUGUCUGAGCUGGCUGUCACAGUGGACGAAGGAGUCGUGGCGGGUCAAAGAGACAAUGACUGGCACACACGGAGGUGCAGUGCCCGCAAGAGGAGAGGCUCCAGACACCACACUGAGGGAGAUGAUUUUAAUCAAGUCUGUGCUGAGACAGGGCAGCCGCUGGAGGAGCUGCGUUACUGCGGCCAACAGAAGACAAAACGUAUCCGCACCUGCUUCAAGCACCACCAGCUCCGCACCAUGGAGUCUUACUUUGCAGUCAAGCACAACCCAGACGGUAAAGACUGGGAGCAACUCUCCAAGAAGACUGGCCUGCCCAAGCGAGUCCUUCAGGUCUGGUUUCAGAACGCUCGGGCCAAGCUCCGGAAGAGCCUGCUGCAGGAGGAGACGACGGACAGUGACACAGUGUCUGAUCCCCAGGAGCUGCCUCAAUCACCGGCCAGCCAGCAGACAGCCGGAGUGUUCGGACCUCCCAGCCCCCUCUUCUCCAGCCCCAGCAGCAUGCCAACAUGUCCCCAGCCCCCCAGGCCCACCAUGGCACCCAUCUUCCUGAACUUCGACCCCGCGGAGCCUCCUGACUCCCUGCAGACCAUUGACUGCUCCAAGCUGUGCUAAUGGGACAUGCUUUCCCAAAGGACAGUGUCGCCUGAGCACAUUCCUGUGGGAUCUUGGCAGAGCUGCAUUGGGAGAGAGCAGCAGGUUUUUUUGUUUGGAGGGAGUUGUUGCAUUUGAAGGGGAGCUGGGUAAGCGCACAAGCGGGUAAGGGGUGGGAGGAUAUUGGUGAUUGGGUGAGUGGGAGAGGAAUAGGUGGAGCACAAAGAUUGUUUUAUGGCUGUACAAAACUCAAUGCAAUUAUCUACGUGGCGGAGUCAGGAACUGAAACACGGAUUAUUCCGCUUGGGAAUGCAUUAUCUUUGCACAGGAAGUUCCUCCCUAAAAAAAUGAAGUGGGGAGGGAAUUCUGACAGGUAAACCAAGAAAAUCUAAUCCGGGAGGAUCACCCAGUUAUCGAAUUCCUUCCCUGCCGAGCUAUUGAGGCUCCUGGUUCAGUCUUUGCCUCCAUUGCAGAGUCACGUAGCUGAUUUCUCCUCGAACUAGCGUGGGUGCCUCCCAUCCAUGCCCAGGUAUCAUGACAGUCACAUGCCUGCUGCUGGAGUUAGUGCGCCUCGA